GAGGCCUUAACCCCCCUGGCAGUAUUCCCGAGUGUUGCUCGGGGUAAAGUUUCAGUACCACAAGCGGUAACCCCGAGCUACACUCGGGCUUACCAUGCGGCACUGCUCCGGAUCUCUUUUUCACUUACCUUGUCCUGCGCUCCUGCGAUGUCCCUCCUGCAGUGUCCCUGGCAAUGUCCUCCGGCGGAUACCGGCAUCUGUCAUCUGGGUUCCGUUCCCUGGGAGCGUCGGGACGUACAGGGGACGGAACAGAGGGAAAUUUGAAAAUGACAAAAAGAGA